UUAAUAAAAAAUUAAUGAGACAUACUGUUGACCUGAGGGCACUAACAAAGACCCCGCCCCCUACUGCCAGCACUGCAGAAAAGACCAAAGCCAUAGAAGAGAACAUGUUACUAGUAGUUGAAUCAGCUCGAGCUAUUGGUUGCUCUGUUACUGAUAAUAUGGUGGAGGAACUAACAAGAGGAGACGAAGGAACAAUUGAUAAACUAAUAAUAGAAUUAAUUAAAUCUCGUGUAGUCCAUAUGACUGGUAUGGAGGAUGAGCCUUCAAGUACUUUUAAUGAUUUGAGUACUUUAAUGUCUAAACUAGGACUGGCCUAUACUGAUAGUGAGGAGACUAAUGGAGGAACUGGAACUGACUCAAGUGAUGGAGGAGGAGGUUUAGGAGGAGGUGUAUCAAGAUCAUGGAGAGAUGAAGCAGUUAAUGUUAGUAGGUAUAAAGAUGGAGGACUGAUGGUAAGGAUUGAUGAUGAAUAUACACCUCAUUCAGUUACUGGAUCAUGGAGGGAGGACAAGAAAACACCAAAAAUAGGUACAGUAUCUGAUAUUAAAGUAUAGCUUUAAUUUGACAGUGCUUCAAGACUGAUUUACAAUAAUAUACUAGAUCUCAGUAACCCUAGUCUUGAUGCUAAUCUGUCAUAUGAGGAGAGGGCAGCCAUUAGAAGAGCUGAGAGGGAGAGGAGAAAGAAAGA